CAUCCUUCAUUUUUUUUUAUUCUUUUAUUUUUAAACAAAAAAAAAUUCCAUUGAUGAUAUUAUUUCAUAUUCUAUUCAUAAGUAUUUUUUGUAUUCAUCUUACCUUGGGUUUAAAUCAAAUAGUUAUAAAAGGUCAUAAGUUUUUUGAUUCUAUCACCAAGCAACAAUUCUUCAUUAAAGGUGUGGCCUAUCAACCUCGGAGCGCAAAUGAACUCAUUGAUCCAUUGGCUGAUCCUCAAGCUUGUGCGCGUGAUGCUACUCUAAUGUCUAAAUUGGGUUUAAAUUUAAUCAGGGUUUAUGAGGUUGAUCCAAAAAAAAACCAUGACCAAUGUAUGAAAAGUUUCUCUGAUGCUGGUAUCUAUGUUUUACUUGAUAUUGCUAAUCCAAAAAAUAGUAUCAAUCGUCAACAUCCUGAAUAUACUUUACAACUCUUUGACGGUUACAAGACCACUGUAGACGCGUUCCAUCAUUAUGAUAAUAUUUUGGCUUAUAUGGCUGGCAAUGAAGUUACCAAUGACAAUACAAAUACAGGUGCAUCUGCUUUUGUCAAGGCUGCUUUAAGAGAUAUCAAACAUUAUAUUAAACUCAACAAAACCAAGUAUAUUCCAGUGGGUUAUGCUAGUAAUGAUGACGAACGUAUCAGGGAACCUAUUCGGGAUUAUUUCAGUUGUGAUGACGAUGCUUCGCAGGUGGACUUUUAUGGUGUGAAUCUUUAUGAAUGGUGUGGCAAAUCCUCAUACAAAUCAUCUGGUUAUGAUGAACGAACUAAAGAAAUGAAUCAAUAUAACAAACCCGUAUUUUUAUCUGAAUUUGGAUGUAAUUUGGUAUCUCCCCGUCCUUUUACCGAAGUUCAAGCAAUUUAUAGUCAACCCAUGUCGGAUGUCUGGUCAGGUGGUGUGGCCUAUGAAUGGACACAAGAGCUCAAUAACUAUGGAUUAGUUAAACUAAUAAAAUCAUCCAACUCAUCAAAUGAACCAGCAAAGGCCCAGAUAUUACAAGAUUAUACGAAUCUUCAAAUGCAGUUGUCCCAAAUUGAUCCACAAGGUGUGAAUAUGGAUGAUUUUGAUGCAAAUACUCGAUCGGCUCCUGCUUGUCCUUCUCAUUCAGCAAAUUGGAAAGCUAGUUUGAAUUUACCACCAACUCCAUCAGCCAAGGCAUGUGAAUGUAUGAGAAAAAGUGUAUCUUGUAUGGCUUCUGAUAAGGUUAGUAGAAUCGAUGCCAAUGGAACAUCUGCGGUCGGUACUCAAUUGGAUAUUAUGUGUGGAAUGACUUCUUGUGAUGAAAUCAAAGGUGAUGGUGAAUCUGGCAAGUAUGGCGUAUUCUCUUUCUGUGACCCUACUGACAAAUUGACAUGGCUAUAUCAUACUUACUCUCAAAACAAUAUGGGUGCUUGUGAUUUUCAAGGUAAUGCUCUUAAAGUGACUCCUCAAAAUAAGAACUCGAUUGAAACCUGUCCUACUUUGAAACCAACCUUUUCCAAUGAUGAUAACAACAAUAACAAUAACAAAGAAUCUGGUGCAAAUCAUGCUUGGUGUCUUAAUGAUUACUUACAAAUUGGAUUCCUUCUCUUCUUUUCGUCCUUCCUAUUCUACAACUAGUUUAUUUUCAUUCC